AAGAACCAGAUCGAAUCCACUUUGAUCUCCAUUCUCACUCGCCAUUCCACUCUCCCUCUCCCUCUCCCGAUCUAGUUCUCGAGCACUCGAAGCGCGACCAUUCGAAUCGCCACUGACUCGAGCAACCCCGCAGCGGCAGCGGUCGAAAACCCCCCCGGCCAUGGCCACGCCCUCGAGCAAAUCUUGCCAGAACCCGACCCCCCCGGCCAGGCACAACCACCACCCCGUUUCGAGAUCAUCGGAGGUCGGGAACCCGAUGAGGAGGAGUUUCAGCGGCAGCCCGUUUUCGAAACCCUCGGUCGUCCCCAACUCGAGGGGAUUCAACCCGGUCACUCCUGCCAAUAGCCCCUCAGAGUACCCGCAAAGACUCUCGGCGGGUAGAGAUAGCUUGACAUCGUUCAGAGAGCAUGAGGAUAAAGAAAAUGGGAAAGAUCUGAGCGCGAAGCAAGCGCGGACCAAAUCGGUGGCUCCCUUCAAGAGUCCAAAGAGUCCAAAGAAUUUCAUGUCUCCGACGAUUUCCGCGGCUUCUAAAGUCAAUGCCUCACCGAAGAAGAGGGUACUGACGGACCGGAAUGAGCCCGUUAGAACUUCUGUCGCGCUUUCCGACUUGAGAAGUUCGUGUGGCUCGUUGAGUCUCUCUGAAGCGCUAGAAGAACCCAACUCGAAACUAGAAGUGGAAACGGAGAAUGUGGCGGUUGCAGAUUCUUGCGACUCGACUGUCACUGAUUUGGACCGCGCGGAUGCUAAUCAUGUAGUUUCUUCGUCGAAAGGUUCCAGAAAGAAAGUAGCUUUCGACUCUAACGUACAGACAAUCCCUCUGGAUGAAUCGGAGACGUCUGACGUUGUUGAUGUGAAUGAGGAUCUUAAGACCAGUCCUGCCCCCGGAUUACCCUGCAAUCUUUUGGCACCACUUGAUGCCGAUCCGCUGAUGCCGCCUUAUGAUCCCAAAUUCAAUUAUCUCUCACCGAGGCCUCAAUUUCUUCAUUACAGACCGAGCCCUAGGAGAAUGCAUUAUCUUAGCAAUGAGAAAGAUGGCAAUCCUCUUGACGACACUCUUUGCAUCGGAGACUUUUCGGACACUGAUCUUACUGAAGAAACACUAUCCGAUGAUUCUCCAAAGGAACCGGAUGUUGUUUCUUCAAGUGAGACAGCGAAAGCAGCAGACAGUGAUGAAACUGAGGAUGCUUCUAAUGGCGAGAUGGCAAAAGAAGCAGAUGGUGAUGGAGAGGUGCUUUUGGAUGAAGAGUUUGAAACCAUCCCAAAUGCAGCUAGUCUUGAGAUGGCGAAAGAGGCUGUUGAAGUGAAGAAAGUGUCCAAGUGUCGAUUCUCCACGAUAACGAAGUGCAUUUCUUUGGUUUUUAUCCUUUUGGUCGUUGCGGGCAUGGCGAUGACAGGAGCUAAUUCUCCACUGAGAAAUUGUUCUUACAUCAAAGGUUCGAUGUUCGGUGAGCUUUUAGAGACUUCUAAAUUAGCUGAAAGUGUCAGAGUUGAUUUCGAUGAGCUUGCUCAGAACUUCUGGCAUUUGUACGGUGAGUCAGUAUCUUACAUUUCUGAGCUGAUAGAACACUUGAAGGGUGACAAGCGAGUCAGUGGCUUCAGCUAUUAUAACUUGACUAACUUGCAAGAGGAUUUGUGGAUUGAAAAGAACAUUGUUGGUGCAACACCAAUAGUUGAGCAGCAUGAUGGUGAAGUUGCUGCAUCUGAAGAAGUGGACGAAACAAAUAUUCUAGAAGUUGAAGAGGCGGAUGGUUUUCAGGUUGAUGACGGUCUGAUGAUUGAAGAGGAAGUAGCUGAAGUUGUCAAGCAGCACGAUGCUGAGGUUUUUGCAGGGCAAGAAGAAGUAGCUGAAGUUGGGGAAGAAACAAAUAACCUUGAGCUCGAAGAUUUCGAGUUGCAGUUUAAUGUAACUGAACCGGAAUUUCCAGAGGAAGAGCAAUUCCAGGAGACUGUGGUUGCCGCUACAUCUGUGACUGGCAACGAGGAGCAACAGAAGCCUGACUCCGUUCAAGUUGUGGCAUUCGAACCAGCAGAGUUUCAAGGAGAGAAACUAGUUUCUAAUUGUGAUGAAAGUGACUCCAACCAAAAAACAGUCAUUGGCUCAGAAAACAUCAAAGCAGUCAAUGUGGCAGUGAACUCACAAAGUUCAGAGGCAGAGGAUUCUACCAUUGUAGAAUCUGAAAGCAAUGUAUCUCUCUAUGUUAUGGCCGGACUCAUUCUGGUUGGUCUUAGUCUACCAGCAGCUGCAGCUUUCUUUUAUGUGAAAAGAGGAAGCAGUUCCGUGAGUGCUCCAACUCCAAUGGAACAGCCAUGGGCGACCAAGAAUUUUAACAUCAGUCCUGUGUCAGCAAGUGUGGAGCACACGAUGUGGCAGAGGCGGUCUUCUCUGAAUUGUCCCACUGAGGUUGACAUAUCUGGAGAAUCAUGCCCUUCAGAAAUGAGCAGCUUCCAGAAGAAGUCAUCUCUUGGCUCGGGUUUAAAGGGUGCCAAUGAGGCACAAAGCCAGGAGAGGAGACUCAAGAAGAAUUAUAGGAGGGAAUCACUGGCUUCUUCUUCUUCAGAACUCUCGAUGGAUUCCCACUCUUACGGAAGCUUCACCACAUAUGAGAAGGUCGCCUGCAAGCACCGAAAUGGAGAUGAGGAGGUGCUUAUCACUCCAAUAAGGCGUUCGAGCAGAUUGCUGAAGCAAGUCACUUCUCCAUGACUAGAGGAGAAAGCAAUUUCUCCCCUGACUCUCGGUUGCUCCUGAUUCCUACCAUUUUAGGA